UAUGUCUCCCUGGACAUAGCGUGCAUGAAUCACCCUUUACCCUGCAUUCUCAUAGACCUCCUGCUGCAGGGUGUAAAAUGUGGUUAAAGUGUGCGCUGUAAGCGAGGGACCGUUGCUUUCUGAGUUGCACUUUUUGAAAUUUUGUUUUCUUGGGGAGAGCAGGAGGAGGGGGGACCCUGUUUUGUUUCCUCCGCGUUUUCCGGGUUUCGCUGGAUGAGAAGUUUCCUGUGUUUGUCGCUCGCUUGGCUUCGCUACGCUUCUCGGCGGCUCCGGCCGUGGACUGACAGGCUGUGCGGGACACCCGCGGCCAUCGCAGCGCCCGCGUCCCGUUAGCGAUCGAUACCGGAGCCGGAGUCGCCAUGGCGAGAGACGGCAGGAGCCUGGACGGUAUCGACCUCUCCAUGCUCCGGGACCCUGCUGGGAUAUUUGAGCUGGUGGAAGUGGUUGGAAACGGGACCUAUGGGCAAGUCUACAAGGGGAGACACGUGAAGACCGGACAGCUCGCUGCCAUCAAGGUCAUGGACGUGACAGAGGACGAGGAGGAUGAGAUCAAGUUGGAAAUUAACAUGCUGAAGACAUACUCCCACCACCGGAACAUAGCCACGUACUAUGGGGCCUUCAUCAAGAAGAGUCCCGCAGGGCAGGACGACCAGCUGUGGCUGGUGAUGGAGUACUGUGGGGCAGGGUCUGUGACUGACCUGGUCAAGAAAACCAAGGGUAACUGUCUGAAGGAGGACUGGAUCGCCUACAUCUGCAGGGAGGUUCUCCGGGGUCUGUCACACCUUCACUCUCACCAUGUCAUCCACCGGGACAUCAAGGGUCAGAAUGUGCUGCUGACUGAAAAUGCUGAGGUCAAGCUAGUGGACUUCGGUGUUAGUGCCCAACUCGACCGCACCAUUGGCAGGAGGAACACUUUCAUUGGCACGCCUUACUGGAUGGCGCCCGAGGUCAUCGCAUGUGAUGAAAACCAGGAUGCCACCUACGACUACAGGAGCGAUUUGUGGUCUCUGGGAAUCACCGCCCUGGAGAUGGCUGAAGGAGCCCCACCCCUCUGCGACAUGCACCCCAUGAGGGCACUCUUCCUCAUCCCACGGAACCCAGCCCCAAAGCUCAAGUCCAGGAAGUGGUCCAAGAAGUUCCAAACGUUCAUGGACAGCUGCUUGAUGAAGAACCACCUGCAGAGGCCGUCCACUGAGACGCUGCUGCGGCACCCUUUUGUCAAGGAUCUGCCCCAGGAGCGGCAGGUGCGCAUCAUGCUGAAGGACCACCUGGACCGGACCCGGAAGAAAAAGGGGGACAAAGAGGAGACUGAGUACGAGUACAGCGGCAGCGAGGAGGAAGAGGAGGACGUGAGCGAAGACGCUGGAGAGCCGAGCUCCAUUGUCAACAUGCCCGGUGAGUCCACACUGCGGCGGGAGUUCCUGCGGCUGCAGCAGGAGACACGCAGCUGUGUGGAGACGCAGCGGCAACAGAGACUGCAACAGCAGCAGCUCCUCGACCAGGAGAGAUACAAGCGGCAGCUUUUGACCGAGAGGCAGAAGCGCAUCGAACGACAGAAGGAGGAGCGGCAGAAGCUGGAGGACCAUCAGCGCAGGCAGCAGCUGGAGGCUGGCUUCCAGUGGCCAGAGCUGCAGGAGAUGCUGUGGCAGGAUGAGGUGGAGCCUGACGGCAGGCGUACCUCGGACGACGGGAGUAACGUAUCAGAGGCACACAGGAGGAGUGAGAAGAAGCAGGGAGCGGGCCGGCAGAAGGUGGACGAAGGCGGCAGGCCUGCGGCCCCCCUCAAGGAGCUGGGGACAGCAGCCCCCCCACAGAGCAGAAAAUUCCACCGUACGCUGCCCAAGGACCAGACACAGCUGCUGUCGCUGCAGCACGACCACAGGCGGCAGGAGCCCCAGAAGGUCGCUGCCGGGCCCGCCCCCUCACGGUCUGGCCCCGCCCCCUCACGGUCUGGCCCCGCCCCCUCACGGCCCAUCGCUGCCCGCCACCGAGCGGUGGAGGAGUGCCCCCUGGUGGGCGAAGGGCCCCGCCUCAACCUGAACCGCAUGGCCGCUGGUCUGCCCCCCCACAUCCAGCCUCGCCUGGGUUCCGGCAGCAACUCAAGCCCCUGCACCCCCGCCCUGCAGAGGGCCGUCCCCCACCAGAACGCCAACCUGCGUUCCAGCAGGGACGCCCAGCACAGCAGCUCCUUGUCGGACAUGGCCACCACACCCCUGUCCCCCACCCUUGAUGAUGUAUUCUGGGACUUCCCCAACUCUGAAGAGCACCCCCCCAAGGUGCCGGAACGUACAACAUCCAAGAUCUAUUGUAAGGAACUGUUGAGUCAUCAGAGGACAGGUUCCAGUGGGUUUCCAGCAUCUCCAGGUGGCAGGGGGAGGUCCCCUCACAGCGGCUCCACCGGCAGCACCCAGUUUGAAUUCUCCAAGAUGUUGGAAAGUCCACGUCUGCAUUCGCGACAGCAGCAGUUUCGGGCAUCCCAGGACAGCUCCCCUGGGGGCAUGACGCCAGGCUCAACGCCGUUGAAGGUUGCUGUGUAUUCCUCAUCCAGUGAUGAGAUGGCGAGCAGCGACGAGGAUGAGAGGACCCGGCCUAGCCUGAAUAACGGGAUACGGAGGUUCUAUGGAUUCAGCCCUGACGGCGUGGUCCUGCGGCCUCAUGGCAACCUGAACCAGCAGCAGGCCCCCCCCCUGCAGCGGCCUCCAGUACAAGAGUGCAACCAGAACUACCUUCUGCCUGACCUUCUGCAGAAAAGCCGCUGCUUCAGCAGCUCAGCCCUCCCCCAGGAUGGCCCCAAGUCCCCCCUGAAUCCAACAUCCCCACACCUCAAUUCCCCCACUGGCGGACAGCUGGGGAAGAGCUCCUUCUCAUCUUCCUCCUCCUCCUUCAUGCCUUUCAUCGACCCCCGGCUCAUGCAGAUCUCCCCCCCGCAGAGUCCGGUGGGCAGCAGCCCCACCAGCGGAAAGCCAGAGCCGCUGCGCAGGGAAAACCGGCGGAAGGGCUCCGUGGUCAAUGUGAACCCCACCAACAUCCGGCCGCAGAGCGACACGCCGGAGAUACGCAAGUACAAGAAGAAGUUCCACACCGAGAUCCUGUGCGCGGGGCUCUGGGGCGUGAACCUGCUAGUGGGCACAGAGAGCGGCCUGUGGCUACUAGACCGCAGUGGCCAGGGGAAGGUCUACUCACUGAUUAGCCGUCGUCGCUUCCAGCAGAUGGAGGUGUUAGAGGGCCUCAACGUGCUCAUUACCAUCUCAGGUAAAAAGAACAAGCUCAGGCUCUACUACCUGUCCUGGCUAAGGAACAAGAUCCUGCGGAACGACCCUGAAGUGGAGAAGCGACAGGGCUGGACAUCCGUGGGCGAGCUGGAGGGUUGUGUGCACUACAAAGUGGUGCGGUAUGAAAAAAUCAAGUUCCUGGUCAUCGCCCUGAAGAACGCAGUGGAGGUGUACGCCUGGGCCCCGAAGCCCUACCACAAGUUCAUGGCCUUCAAGUCCUUCACCUCGCUGCCACAAAAGCCACUGUCAGUGAACCUGACCGUGGAGGAAGGUCAGAGGCUGAAGGUCAUCUACGGCUCGCUGUCCGGCUUCCAUGCCAUAGACGUGGACUCGGGGACACCCUACGACCUGUACCUGCCCACGCAUAUCCAGGGUCUCAUUCGGCCUCAUGCCAUCAUCAUCCUGCCCAACACCAGUGGCACAGAGGUUCUGGUGUGCUACGAGGACGAGGGGGUCUACAUCGACACCUAUGGGCGCAUCACCAAGGAAACGGUCCUCCAGUGGGGGGAGAUGCCCACCUCCGUCGCAUACCUGCAGUCCAACCAGGUGAUGGGCUGGGGCGAUAAGGCCAUUGAGCUGCGCUCGGCCAGUACCGGCCACCUCGAGGGAGUCUUCAUGCACAAGAAGGCCCAGAAGCUGAAGUUUCUGUGUGAGAGGAACGACAAGGUGUUCUUUGCCUCGGUCCAGUCGGGCGGCAGCAGCCAGAUCUACUUCAUGACGCUGGGCCAGAACUCCCUCUUCAGCUGGUGACACCGGAAACCCGACAGCGGCGCCGGCAGCCUUGCCGAGUCCGGAUCACACCUGUACCCUGACCCGGAUCGGUGCCGAUCAACGAGCUUCCCAAGAAAUAACGCUCACAUGAGUUGACGUGAAAAAGCAUAGUGUUAAAAGUCAGACCCAGCCAAGUUGGUCCCUAAUAUUACUGUAAGUGCUCAGACACGUCAGUGUUCUGUCUGUAAGUGCUCAGACACGUCAGUGUUCUGUCUGUAAGUGCUCAGACACGUCAGUGUUCUGUCCGCGCUUCCAGCUUUAUGGUCGUGCAAUAAACCUAGUAAGCGCAGUGUUUGAGACGUUAGCCGAAUACCUCAGAAGAGUAGCCUAGCCUCGCUGUUCCGGCUGGGGGUGGCUGAGUUAGACACACACACAUGGGGGGGGGGGGCAAUCUCUCUUUAGUUGACUCUUCCAUUUAUGUGCCCCCAUUUGCCGCAGCACACCGCACUGACCCCCCCAAUGGCUCAGCUACACACACAUACACACACACGCGCGCACGCAGCAUGUUGAGAUUCACGUAACGUGUGGGCAGAGUGUGGUCCAUCCCCCCCCCGCCCCCCCGGCCUGCUGCAGUACGCCUAUGUACAUGGGCUGGUGUACAUAUUAAUUGCACUGUUUCAUGGUUACUUCAUAUUUACUGGCCUCUUGCAUGUACAGUAUUAUUUUUACAUAAUAUCUACUCCUUUGCACUAGAAAGGUUAAGUGUAAAAUGCCUGUAAGAAUUGCUUUACUGUAGUGGGGCUUCUAAAGAACUGAAGCGCUUUUGUUGCGUUCACUCAAUUUCAGUAUUAAUGCAAACAUUGACCCCCUAGAAUAGUUGACAAAUAUUUGGACAGGGGAGUGUGACUUUUCGUCUUUUUUUAUUAUUUAGGUCUGAUUAGCAAACAAGACAGUAAUAAAUAUCUUGACUCUGGAUCAAACUUACGCUUAAGAAUGCAUUAGAAGCUUCCACCAGUUAAAGUGAGGCAAGAUAGCAGCAAACAUCCAAGGAAGCAAAACGAAAUGUGAGUCUGAUUUAAAAUGUGAACUCAAACAUGUGAACGGCUCGGAAAGUAACGUCACAACUGAGUCUAUUUAGACAAUAGCUGUUGUGCUCCAGGGCACCACAGGGUGGUGCUAAGUGUCAUAUUGGCAGUAUAAAUCUUCAUGUGUCUCAUUUACAGUGACAACGCAGCUGGUUCUGUGAUGGUUUGAAAUAAUUCAAUUAGAUAGUUUUAGUGUUUUUUUUUGUUUUUUUUACCUUGCGAAUGAGGAUAGUUUUUUUUCAGAAUUUUAUUUUGCUGUAUAAAUACAGCAGUAAGUGAGGAGUAGCAUAUGUUAAUAAAUAUUCACGUAAUUUCAUGUUGCUUCCAUCAACACUGUGCUUUAUUAGCCACUGUGAGGAGGCUCAGAGAGGCUUGGAGAAAGGUGUUUUGCUUAGCUGGGCUAUCCUCCCUGUCAUCACUCUACAGCGCCUCCUACUGUCAGAUGGGUGCCUUACAGAACUGUGUUUCCUGCUGUAAGAUGGGGUGUAAAAACGCUGGUGGUUUGACAGCACACCUGUGACAGGAAUAGUGCAUCGAGGAGGACACCAGUCGUGGGAGCAGUGAAUCCCUGGGACAGGGAUGGAACGAGCCAGAACCACAGCGAGAGUGAAUACAGACAGGAAACACAGAACAGCUACUAGGCAGUAGGACACCUUGGGGGCGAGAAAUAAACACCGCAUUUCAGUUUAAACCUUGAGGCUCGACUCAUUGUGAAGAAUACGUGUUUUCUUAUUUGAUAUGUAAAUGUACUUUUAAGGGAAAUUAAGUUCGCUUUCUAUAACUUUUCUGCACCAGGCUUGAGAAAAAAAAAUGAACUUCAUCCUUUGGAACUAUUAGUUCCAGAGGAAUCUGUAAUCGAUGUUCUCGGGGUUUGAUGCAAGUUGGAGUAAAUAGCAUUAGGAUCAUUCGUUAUGCUUUCGGAUGAGAGGAGUUUGGCAGAUGUAGGAACAGGCAUGGAUCGUGGUGGCCUCACUAGGGGUGGCAAGGCAGCAGUACCAGGUGGCUGUGAUGGGUUUGUGUAAGUCGCAGAGGGACAAUGUGUGUUGGCAAUCAGGAGCGGAGAAGUAGGACCUCCUAGUCACUGGUCAGCAGGAGAUAAAUGCAUUAAAUAUUAGAUCAGUUUUUAUUAAUUAUAACUAUAAAACUGGGAGAUCAUUAAGAGUAUUAAGAUUUCCCUUUUCAUUAUAUAUGCAGGAUAAGACAGAAUGUCUUUAAAAUAUACUUAAAGGUUUAUUAAGAUGUUCUUUGAUGGUUUUCUCUAAUGUGGAUCUUGUUCUUCUAGGUUAUAUGAUUAUGUAUAAGACCUGAAAAACCCCCUAACUUUGAAAUUGAUUUUAGAUUAAAAUACAAUCAUCCAUUUUUGUGCACUGGAUUAUUUCCAAAAUGUUUUUUUUUUUUUUUUUUUACCAAUUCCCCCUUUGAUUGUUUUAACACUAACUGUAGUGUUAUUGUCAUAUAAAUAUUGUCAAAAAUUGUUCUUUUUAAGAAAUUUUUAUGCUUUCAAUGAGUUAAAAUUUAAAAUGUACAUAAAUUUUGCAGAAAUAAAAACAAUUGUGGUUCAA